CACAUCAGAAAAACAAAAAUGGGCAGAGCUACUAGUUGUUCUUCAUCGUCUACCGCAAGCAGCACGCAGCUAAGAAAAGAUCUUAGCACUGAUCUAAGGCUUGGACUUAGCAUUUCAAACUUUCAACACGAAGACUCUAAUUCUUUGCCAAGGGUGAGGGAUCAACCAUCGGAUUGGCCACCAAUCAAGCCGCUUCUAAGAAGGGCACUUGAAGUAGAGGAUCAAAAUGAGAGCAACAGUGUUACUUUUUUUGUGAAAGUUUACAUGGAAGGCAUCCCGAUUGGCAGAAAGCUAGAUUUAUUAGCCCAUGAUGGUUACCAUGACUUAAUAAGAACUCUUGACCAUAUGUUCAACACAAGUAUUCUCUGGUCUGAGGUAGAAGAUGAGGCGCAUUCUGAAAAAUGUCACGUGUUAACUUACGAAGAUAAGGAAGGCGAUUGGCUGAUGGUUGGGGAUGUUCCUUGGGAGCUGUUCUUAUCCAGUGUGAGGAGAUUGAAGAUCACAAGGGCAUAGAAGAAAGGCUGAUUCUGAUGCUUCAUAACAAUAUAUAAUUAGGCAGAAACGUAUUACUGAUGUAUAUGGUUAGAGGCUUAGAGCAAAUGAUACGUAUCAAUAACUAAUACUGCUCUUUUUUGGCUGUAAAUUUUCUGAAUGAUCAUAAAAUAUAUAUUGCAUGCAAUUUCAGAAA